AUGGCUUCCUCGGGGGUCAACGUCUUCCGGUGGAGCGCUCUCGCCUUCGGCGUCUUCUAUGGCUUCUCGCACCAAUCCGCAAUCUACUCGUCCGACAAGAAGGCAGCGGCGCAGCACGAAUGGGACCGCAAGGUCAAGUUAAUAGACGAUGCCAAGGCCAAGUACGCAGAGAAGAGCCGGCCAGGCUCUGGUGAUGGAGUCAUAACAAACCCCGAAGACCCCAAGUUCGACCUCGAAAAAUACCUCAACAAAGUCUCCAAGGAGAGCCCGUAG